AUGAGGAUCUGUCUGCUCCCUAAUGUAUUUAUGUAUGUGGGGAGGGCCGGGGGAGGGGGUUUCUCCUGGAAGCGGGAAGCGCAGGAGCUGAGGCCCGGCUUCCACGGCGCGGAAAAGCUGGGCGGGCCUAGGAGGCCCGGACCGCCGCCCCCUCCCACACCUGGACAAACAGAGCCAGCUGCGCCCCGGAAGCCCCGCCAGCUACACGGCUCCCGAGAUUGCCAGCCCCGCGUCGCCCCGAGGUCGGGGACACACACGCACACCGGCACACCGGGCGCGGGGUGGGGGGCAAACUGCCCUGUGCCCUCGCACCCCGCUCCUCCACGCCCCACCCCGCUCUUCCGCCCCUCUCCUAGCCUCCCCUCUCCACCUCAGGAGCCUCGAGCCCUGAAGGGGAGCACGUGGUUGGACGUAUUCGUGCUCUUUUGGUGCAUUUCUGGGAGCCGCCUGCGCUCUGCAGUGGGGUCACCUCGAGGCGAGCUCCCCCAAAGGCUUCCAGCGCAGGGAAGACUUCGGGGGUGGGGAGCACCUCGGGCCUGUACCGCUGCGGUGCACGUUCACGCCGUGGGAAAUUCGGAGCACACUGUCCGGAGGGUGCUGAGAAGGUGCCCGUUCACCACCCCGCGCGGCGCGGCUCGCUCACUCGCUUGGGCUCGGACUGCAACGAGGUAUCCAACACCGCUGCAGUGCUUGGCAAAGUCCUCCUUGGAAGCCAGCGGGGCGAGGCUGCCAGGAAGCGGGCAGACCGCGGGGGACGCUUUUAGGACUUGGAAGAAGGCAGUAAGAUUUGUUUCCCUACCUCUCCUCAAGUUCACCAGCCGCCCCACCCGUCACCCGGCGCGCAGGCCGGGUCCGCGCUGGAGUCGGGGCGCAGCUGCGCCGAGAGGUCCGCGCCCCAGCGCCGCGGGCCCUGAGGCCGGAACGCCACGGGCUCCGGACGCGGCCGCCCGGGGUCGCUCCCUCCGCGGGGCGGGGGGCAAGCCCGGGGAAGGGCGGGACCUGCAGGAGGCGCGGGAGGGGAGGUCCUAGGCCGGGAAGGGGCGCAGGCGGGCGGCCCAGGAGAGAGAGGGCGCUGUCUUCCUGGCGAAGGAGCUCUCGCUUGGCCUGCAGGAACCGAAACAAAACAAAAUCUGCGAGGCGGAGCCGCGGGCUGAGCGGGUGCACAGCCCCCGGCUGGGGACCCGCGACCCGCGCCUCGCCCCGCGCUGCUCGGCCUCAGGCGGGACCCGAAGGAAGGGAGUCUCUCCCAGCGGCCGUCUGUCUUCAAGGACAUCCCUCCCUCCCUGCUGCCCUCCCCAAACUGGAGGUGUCGGGACGAGCGAGGCGAGCGGGGCGAGCUGGCCCCUUGCCGGGGCAGGGUCGGCUUUUCAGCCGCGUGGACCUGCGGCCAGCUCUUUCCUCGGGGAGCGGCAGCGAGUGGUCUCACCGGUUUUGGCUGCUCUUGCCCAGGAACGACCGGGAGAUAGAUGGAGACCCCUUAUUUACCGCCACCAACUGGCCAGGUCGCGCACCCAGAGACCGAAGAGGUCUCAGGGACAACUACCAUCAGCCAUUCCGCACCCAAGCCUGCAAAUCAGAAACCUGAAUUUAUAUUAGAUUCAAAGAAUUGUUAUUCCUCCAUCCCUGAAGUACAUGCUUCUGGUCAUCUACCAAGGGUGACGUGCUCUGGUCUUCCCACAUAAUAAAUCGGGCAAAGCAGCAGAGAAGAGUCCCAGACUCACUUCCGUCUCCAAAGGUCCCUCUGGAUUAAUGGAUUUCGAGGUUCUGGUUUGUGCAUAGAUACUAGAACUGAUCGUCUGCUUACACGUCCUCCACCUCGGCCUCUCAGGGUCCGAUCGCUGUCCACUCGAUGUUGCAGGCUGUUCGAGCCCCUGAGGCAGAAUCCAGGUGGCCUCGCAGUUCCGCCUUGGGCAGGAGCUGUUUCCUAGGAGUCACUGGGUGGGCUGCCGUCCGCCUGACGCUUCACAUUGAGAAACGCUUCUCUUGUGGGAACGUCUGUUUCUAGUCAUCUGAUUUUCUAAUUUCUUUGAUCAGACUAAAUAUUUUCUUGGCAAACGGAAAUUGACCAUGCCAUGAAUAUGAUAACAACUUACUUGGAAAAAAGCUAUUUUCUUUCCAAGCAGCAGAAAGGGGGGAGGGGCAGAGGCAUGGCUGUUACACCGCCUGGAACAGACUCCAGCACAUACAUCUUUUUCAGUCCCUGAAGGGGCUUUGUAAAAGCUGCCUCCCCAACCCCGGGCAUAGCUUCUUCUCUUUCUCUCCUCCCCAGAUAAGUACACACCUGGUCUCCGAAGAGUCUUUGAUACUCUUUAUUAAAAAAUAGAACUUCAAUGGACGCCUCUGGAGGAUUUCCCUUUAAAACAUAGAUGAAAGGCAAGGUUAAUACAAUGUUCUUUUAAUCCUUUUGCUUUCUGAGUCAAAAUAAAUAUUUUCUUCUGCAUGUGAUUGUACCGCCUGCCAUUUGGCUGUGUCUAUGAGCAAAUCGACUGGUAAUAAAAGUGUUUUUGAGGCUGUGUAU